UGUUCUACUGUUCUCCUCAUGUUCUACUGUUCUCCUCAUGUUCUACUCAUGUUCUCCUCAUGUUCUACUGUUCUCCUCUCUCUCUCUCCCUCCCUCUCCGUCCCGUGAUCCAGAUCCUCCGAGCUGGACCUCAACCCGCCUGAAGAUGAAGGCAGCAGAUGAGCCCCCCUAUCUGAGCGUGGGGACAGAUGUCAGUGCUAAAUACAGAGGAGCCUUCUGUGAGGCCAAGAUCAAGACUGUGAAACGCAUGGUCAAGGUCAAGGUGAACCUGAAAGGUGAGAGUACGUUCCAGGUGGUGCAGGACGACCAGGUCAAAGGAACGCUGAGGGUGGGCUCCACGGUGGAGGUGAAGACUAACGAGGGUUUGUCCAGCGAGGCCGUCAUCAGUAAGCUGACGGACGCCAGCCUCUACACUGUGGUGUUUGAUGAUGGAGAUGAGAAGACUCUUCGUCGGACGUCUCUGUGUCUGAAGGGAGAGAGACACUUUGCAGAGAGCGAGACGUUGGACCAGCUGCCCCUCACAAACCCAGAACACUUCGGCACUCCAGUCAUCGGCAAGAAGUCCAACCGUGGAGGACGACGUUCAUCUCAGGCUGUGGCUGAUGAGGAGCACGAGUCUUCGUCCAGUGAUGAUGAGGAGGAUGACAGGAGGAGACUGAAUGACGAGCUUCUGGGAAAAAUCUGCAGCGUUGAGAGUGAAGAGGAAUCCAGCAGCUGGUACCUGGCUCUGGUGGUGUCUCCGAGCUGUAACGAUGAGCUGGUGGUGAAGAAGGACCAGUGUCUGGUCAGAGCCUUCAGCGACUCCAAGUUCUACACGGUGGCGAGGAGACACGUCCACACCUUCAGCUCCAUCGGCUCCACCAGGUCGGAGUUCUCCAGCAGGAAAGGUUUUGAAGCGGCCCAGGUCUUCCUGAGGACUGCGGAGGUCCCUGAUUCGUGGAAGAUGGACAUGAGUCAGAUUCUGGACUCGUCCUCCAGUGACGACGAGGACGAUGAACAAAAGGAGAGUGAUGAAGACGAGGAGGACGAAGACGAUAAGAAGAAGAAGAAACGCAUAAAGGAGGAGCCGGAGGAGGAGGAGCCUGAUCCAGAGGAGAGAGACGGCUUCCUGCAGCAGCUGUACAAGUUCAUGGAGGACCGAGGGACCCCCAUCAACAAGCCUCCAGUGUUGGGUUAUAAAGACCUGAACCUCUUCAAGCUCUUCAGACUGGUCUAUCACCUGGGAGGCUGCCACAAGAUUGAGUCUGGGACCGUGUGGAAGCAGGUCUACAUGGAUCUGGGGAUCCCCGUCCUGAACUCCGCUGCGUCCUACAAUGUCAAGACGGCCUACAAGAAGUACCUGUAUGGUUUUGAGGAGUACUGCCGCUCCGCCUCCAUCACUUUCAGGACCAUCCAUCACAACAACCCCCGCCCUCCCACCACACCGACCAAUCAGAAGCAGGCAGGGACAGAGCUUAACAAGCCGUCCACGCCGCCGGAGGAGGAGAAGGAGGAGCCUGUCCAAGACAAGAUGGAGGAGGCGGAGUCAGAGAGUGAGAGCGAGAAGGAGGAGGUGAAGGAGCCCCAGUCGUCCCCGAGGGGGAGGAGGAGGUGUGUGGGGAGUCAGCUGAAGGCAGAGAGAGAGUCACCCUCCGGACUGGAGAAGGGAGGAGGAGGAGGAGCAGAUAACAGCGAGGAGCAGAGGGAGGUGAGGAGACGCAGCAACAGAAGAAUGGACGACUCAGAGAAAGGCUCUGAGGAAGAAGAGGAGGAGGAUGAUGAAGAGGACGAAGAAGAUGAGGAGGAGAUGGAGAGGAGGAGAGAAGGCUGUGAGGAUGAGGAGGAUGAGGAGGAUGGCGACUCUGUGACGGGGACGAAGGUGCGGGUGAAGUACGGCAGAGGAAAGACUCAGAAGAUCUACGAGGCUCACAUCAAGAAGACGGACGUGGACAACGGAGAGCAGUUCUACCUGGUCCACUACUACGGCUGGAACGUCAGGUACGACGAGUGGGUGAAGGCCGACCGGCUCAUCUGGCCCGUGGAGAAGGGAACCAAGAAGAGGCGGAGGAAGAAGGUGAAGAACAAAGACGAGCCGGAGACGGAGAGGGACAAAGACGAAGAGAAGUCUCAAUCAGCAGCGGUGAAGCCACCCGGAGCGAAACGAGGUCGUCCUCAGAUCAGGACGACGCCCACCGGCUCAGCGGGACGCAGCGUCUCCAAGACGCCCAGCAGCGAGGGGCGGUCCAACGGCAGGAGGACGGAGACGCCGUCCAACAUGGCCAACGGAGACAACACUCCACGCAGGAGAACCAGGAGGACUUCGGGUUUGUACGACUCCGACAGAGCGUCCAACGAGGAUUCUGGGAACUCAUCAGAAGACAGCGAAUCAGAGGACCCGCCUGACAAAAAGCCGUCUCCGUGGCGAGGGAGGACUGAAGGCCCGCCCUGCCAGGAGGAGGAGGUGAAGGAGGAGGAGACGAGUGAGGUCGCUGACAUCACAACGGCGGCUAACGAAGACACCGUCACCGUGGCAACAGCUGGUCAGCUGUCUGUCGCCACGGGACCACAGCGUCCCAGCAUGCCUCAGGAAAAAACUGAGAAGUUAUUGAGCCAAUCGGAGACAGAGGAGGCGGAGCAAGGGGAGGAGCCAACAGUUGAAGCCGCCAUGUUGCUGAUUAACCUGGACAAGGAGACGACGUCUGUCCAAGAGAGAGACAAUUUUCCUGCACAGGAAGUGCUCGCCAAGACGUCUCCUCCUCCCCACGGCAACAAGAUGUCUCCUCCUCCCCACGGCAACAAGACGUCUCCUCCUCCCCACGGCAACAAGAUGUCUCCUCCUCCUCCCCACGGCAACAAGGAGGACAGCAGGUCCACCUCUCUGUCCUCCCCGAGGGUCAAAGGUCGCAGGGCCCUCCUCAGGGAGAUGAGCUCUGAAACGCCUCCCAGAAUCCCCCUCUGCCCCUCCCCCGCCAACAUGGUGUCUCCUUCUCGCAGCGUCCUGAAGAGACAGGACGAGCCCAUGGUGGUCCUCCACUGCCUCCCCACCCAGCGCCUCCCCCCUGAGUCUCCCACCGCAGACUCCGACACUGACUCUGCCACCGAGGAGGAGGAGGAGGGGGAGGAGAUCCCCGAGAAAAGGAGCAGCUCCACGCUAAAACGUAAGGCAGCAGAGCAGCGAGCAGCAGACAAGAAGCUCCGCCCAGAAAGGAGGCAGGAGGAGUCUGUAUCCCCAAAAACGACCCCUGCCUCAUCCAAGAUGGCCGCUGGAGCUUCGCCCAAAGCCCUCCCAUCACCCCUUUGCAGGGCGGAGUCGGAGAGGAGGAGCGAGGGGGUGAUGAAGGCAGAGGACUGGCCCCACCAAGAGGACACGCCAAGGGAGGCGUCAGAGGAGCUCCUGACGGGGGGAGCCAUGACGGAGUCAGAGGUGCAUGCUGGGAUGCCUGCCCCGGAGGCCCCAGGCCCCUCCCCCGCUGAGGAGCUGGAGCCACAGAUCGGCCCUGAGGCGCUGGUCUGCCACGAGGUGGACCUGGACGACCCGGACGAGAAGGAGAAGCCCUCCACUGCCCCGGAGCACCUCCUCCUGAUGAUGAGGGAGCAGCAACCAGCGCCGCCCCCGCAUCCUAACCUCCUCCACGCCUCCCUGCCCUCCCCCAACACCCCUCACCUCCCCCAGCCUCACCUUCGGCCCUUCCUGCCGGCUGCCGCUCCCGGAUCCGCCUCCUGCCCCGAGGAGCUCCACCCAGCCAGGAGCGCCGGCGAGGAGGAGAGAGGAGCAGCGAGGAGAGAGCAGGAGGGAGACUCCAGCCCCGGGUUUGAUGGCAGCGCCUCCUCCUCGACCUCCCUGCUGUCUCUGCAGGAGACCAAGGACAGAGGUCAGAAGAGGGUGAUGGACUGUAACACGAGCCCGACGGCAAAGAAACAGAAACGCAACCAGAAACGACUCCACACACCUGGGAAGGUGGAGAAGAACGGAGCAGGUCACAGCAGUGACAGUGAGGACCAGUCUCGUCUGUGUCUGUCUCAGAAGUCCCAGAAGUCUCGUUGUGUUUCGUCUCCGUCGUCUCACAGUAAAGACAAACACACCUUCUCCCCUCAGAGGACGUAUAAAUGGACCUUACAGCUCGACGAGCUGGACAGCAUGUCGAGCUCCGAGAGGAUCUCCUUCCUGCAGGACAAGCUGCAGGAGAUCAGGAAGUACUACAUGACGCUGAAGUCUGAGGUGGCGUCCAUCGACAGACGGAGGAAGAGACUAAAAAAGAAGGAGAGAGAAGUGUCCAACAUGACGGCAUCCACGUCCUCGGGCUCCUCGGACACAGGUAUGAGUCCGUCCUCGGCCUCGCCCACUCAGAACACCGUCGCCGUGGAGUGCAGGUGAUGACACGCCCACUGAGCCCCGCCCACUCAGCCAGCUCUGAUGGCAUGAUGGGAAAUAAACUGAAAAAAACUCCCUCCAGGUCAGAGGGGGGAGGGACUACCAACUGAUCCUAGCCCCGCCCCCUCACCUGGGACUGACUUCCUGUUUGAGGAGAGAAAAAUCAGCCGUCUGUUCAGCCUCCUCAGAACACCUUCCUUCCUUCCUUCCUUCCUUCCUUCCUUCCUUCACUCCCUUUCUGCGUCCUCAGUGUCUCCUAAUUUCAAAAUAAAGUGACUUUUAGGGGUCAGAGGUCACUGGUUUAAUUUUCUGAAGCAGCAAAGCUCGUUGUGCAAAACGUUUAUUUCUCGUUUUUUUU